AGCUCUCUGUGUGGGGAACAUGACAGCCAGACCAAAGCUCAGAGGACAAAGAAGCAGCACAGACCAGACUCUGCUGGACCUGGACCUGGACCUGGACCUGGACCUGGACCUGGACCUGGACCUGGACCUGGACCUCGACCUGGACCUGGACCUGGACCAGAACCCAGCUGUGUGUCCAUGAAGAGUGACCGGUCUAUGGGCGAACCUAUUGUCUUCAAACAUGAACAUCAGUCUGCUGAUCAGAGGAUCCAUCAGCAGAGACCAGAUUCUCCUGAACCCAGCUGUGUGUCCAUGAAGAGUGACUGGUCUAAGGGUCGACCUCUUAACUUCAAACAUGGACAUCAGUCUGCUGAUCAGAGAGUUCAUCAGCAGAGCUCAGAGGUUCUCAGUGGUCAGUCUGUCCAGCAGCAUCAAACACAGCUGGACUCCAUAUUUAUGCUGCUGGAGGAGAACAUCAGCAGGUUUGUGAAGAACGAGCUGAAGAAGAUGCAGAAGACUCUGAGUCCAGAUUACCCAGAAUGCUUAGAGAGUCAGAGUGAGGAUGAGGAGGUGUUGGACGGUGAGGAGGAAGAGCAGAGGAGGAGCAGCAGAGAGGCAUUUCUGAAGAUCACACUGCACUUCCUGAGGAGAAUGAAGCAGGAGGAGCUGGCUGAGCGUCUGCAGAGCAGAACUUGUGCUGAAAAGUGUCGACCUAAACUCAAGUCUAACCUGAAGGAAAAGUUCCAGUGUAUGUUUGAGGGGAUCGCUAAAGCAGGAAACCCAACCCUUCUGAAUCAGAUCUACACACCGCUCUACAUCACAGAGGGAGGGACUGCAGAGGUCAAUGAUGAACAUGAGGUCAGACAGAUUGAAACAGCAUCCAGGAAACCAGUCAGACCAGAAACAACAAUCAGACAAGAAGACAUCUUUAAAGCCUCACCUGGAAGAGAUGAACCAAUCAGAACAGUGAUGACAAAGGGAGUGGCUGGCAUUGGGAAAACAGUCUUAACACAGAAGUUCACUCUGGACUGGGCUGAAGACAAAGCCAACCAGGACAUACACUUCACAUUUCCAUUCACUUUCAGAGACCUGAAUGUGCUGAAAGAAAAAAAGUACAGCUUGGUGGAACUUGUUCAUCACUUCUUUACUGAAACCAAAGAAGCAGGAAUCUGCAGGUUUGAAGAGUUCCAGGUUGUGUUCAUCUUUGACGGUCUGGAUGAGUGUCGACUUCCUCUGGACUUCCACAACACUGAGAUCCUCACUGAUGUUACAGAGUCCACCUCAGUGGAUGUGCUGCUGACAAACCUCAUCAGGGGGAAACUGCUUCCUUCUGCUCGCCUCUGGAUAACCACACGACCUGCAGCAGCCAAUCAGAUCCCUCCUGAGUGUGUUGGCAUGGAGACAGAGGUCAGAGGGUUCACUGACCCACAGAAGGAGGAGUACUUCAGGAAGAGAUUCAGAGAUGAGGAGCGGACCAGCACCAUCAUCUCCCACAUCAAGACAUCACGAAGCCUCCACAUCAUGUGCCACAUCCCAGUCUUCUGCUGGAUCACUGCUACAGUUCUGGAGGAUGUGUUGAAAAGCAGACAGAGAGGAAAGCUGCCCAAGACCCUGACUGAGAUGUACAUCCACUUCCUGGUGCUUCAGUCCAAACUGAAGAACGUCAAGUAUGAUGGAGGAGCUGAGACAGAUCCACACUGGCAUAAAAAGAGUAGGAAGAUGAUUGAGUCUCUGGGAAAACUGGCUUUUGAGCAUCUGCAGAAAGGCAACAUGAUCUUCUAUGAAUCAGACCUGACAGAGUGUGGCAUCGAUAUCAGAGCAGCCUCAGUGUACUCAGGAGUGUUCACACAGGUCUUUAAAGAGGAGAGAACGCUGUACCAGGACAAGGUGUUCUGCUUCGUCCAUCUGAGUGUUCAGGAGUUUCUGGCUGCUCUUCAUGUCCAUCUGACAUUUAUCAAGUCUGGAGUCAAUCUGCUGGCAGAAGAACAAACAACAUCCCAGUGGUCCAAAGUCUUUAAAGACAAACCUGAACUAAAACAUCUCCAUCAGACCUCUGUAGACAAGGCCUUAAUGAGUCCAAAUGGACAUCUGGACUUGUUCCUCCGCUUCCUCCUGGGUCUUUCACUGCAGACCAAUCAGACUCUCCUACGAGGUCUGCUGGCACUGACAGGAAGUAGCUCAAAGACCAAUCAGGAAACAGUCAAGUACAUCAAGAAAAAGAUCAGUGAGAAUGUGUCUGCAGAGAGAAGCAUCAAUCUGUUCCACUGUCUGAAUGAACUGAAUGAUCGUUCUCUAGUGAAUGAGAUCCAACAGUACCUGAGGUCAGGAAGUCUCUCCAUAGAUAAACUGUCUCCUGCUCAGUGGUCAGCUUUGGGCUUCAUCUUACUGUCAUCAGAAAAACAUCUGGACGUGUUUGACCUGAAGAAAUACUCUGCUUCAGAGGAGGUUCUUCUGAGGCUGCUGCCAGUGGUCAAAGCUUCAAAUAAAGCUAUACUGAGUAGCUCUAACCUCUCAGAGAGAAGCUGUGCAGCUCUGUCCUCAGUUCUCAGCUCCCAGUCCUCUAGUCUGAGAGAUCUGGACCUGAGUAACAACAACCUGCAGGAUUCAGGAGUGAAGCAGCUUUCUGCUGGACUGGAGAGUCCACACUGUACACUGGAACGUCUGAGGUCAGGAUACAUCGUCUGUAAUUUUCUUGUCUUGAAUAAUGACAAUAAAGCUGAUUGACUUUUCAUACAGUUGACAGGUGCUGUUUUACAUUUAGAUUAAUGUAAAUUAUUCUGCACAUCUGUAGGAUUCUGUCUGUCAGGAUGUCUGAUCACAGAGGAAGGCUGUGCCUCUCUGGCCUCAGCUCUGAGCUCCAACCCCUCCCAUCUGAGAGAGCUGGACCUGAGCUACAAUCAUCCAGGAGACUCAGGAGAGAAGCUGCUGGCUGCUGGACUGAAGGAUCCACACUGGAGACUGGACACUCUCAGGGUGGACCAUGGUGGAGAGCACAGGUUAAAACCUGGUGUGAAGAAGUAUUUCUGUGAACUCACACUGGACACAAACACAGUACACAGACAACUCAAACUGUCUGUCAACAACAGGAAGGUGAUACAUGUGGAGGAGGUUCAGUCAUAUCCUGAUCAUCCAGACAGAUUUGACUACUGGGUUCAGCUGCUGUGUAGUAAUGGUCUGACUGGUCGCUGUUACUGGGAGGUCAAGUUGAGAGGAAGAGUUAAUAUAUCAGUGACUUACAGAGGAAUCAGCAGGAAAGGAAACAGUAAAGACUGUGUGUUUGGAUAUAACGGUCAGUCCUGGAGUCUGAUCUGUUCUGAUAAUGCUGGUUACUCUGUCCGUCACAAUGAAAAAGAAACAUCCAUCUCCUCCUCCUCCUCCUCCUCCUCCUCUGUCUCUAACAGAGUAGCAGUGUAUGUGGACUGUCCUGCUGGCACUCUGUCCUUCUACAGAGUCUCCUCUGACACACUGAUCCACCUCCACACCUUCAGCACCACAUUCACGGAACCUCUGUAUCCUGGGUUUAUGUUUGGGUCUGGUGCCUCAGUGUCUCUAUGUCCUUUCUCAGAGAAGCAGCACAGACCAGACUCUGAUGAACUCAGCCAGGUGUCUGUCAAGAAUCUGCGGUCGAUGUUUGAACCUAAGAAGUUCAACGAUGGACAUAAAUCUGCUGAUCAGAGCCCAGAGAAGCAGCACAGACCAGACUCUGCUGGACCUGGACCUGGACCUGGACCUGGACCUAAACCUAAACUUAAACCUAAACCUGAAGCUAAACCUGGACGUGGACCUAAACCUAAACUUAAACCUAAACCUGAAUCUAAACCUGGACCUGGACCUAAACCUGAAGCUAAACCUGGACCUAAACUUAAACCUAGACUUAAACCAAAACCUGAACCAAGCUGUGUGUCUAUGAAGAGUGACGAAUCUAUGGGCGAACCUAUUGUCUUCAAACAUGAACAUCAGUCUGCUGAUCAGAGAGUGACCGGUCUAAGGGUCGAUUUAUUGAGUUCAAACAUGGACAUCAGUCUGCUGAUCACAGGUCAGACUCAGCAGAGCUCAGAGGUUCUCAGUGGUCAGUCUGUCCAGCAGCAUCAAACACAGCUGGACUCCAUAUUUAUGCUGCUGGAGGAGAACAUCAGCAGAUUUGUGAGGAACGAGCUGAAGAAGAUGCAGAAGGCUCUGAGUCCAGAUGACCCAGAAUGCUUAGAGAGUCAGAGUGAGGAUGAGGAGGUGUUGGACGGUGAGGAGGAAGAGCAGAGGAGGAGCAGCAGGGAGGCAUUUCUGAAGAUCACACUGCACUUCCUGAGGAGAAUGAAGCAGGAGGAGCUGGCUGACCGUCUGAAGAGAAGUCGUGCUCCAGAGUGUCGACGUAAACUCAAGUCUAACCUGCAGAAGAAGUUCCAGUGUCUGUUUGAGGGGAUCACUAAAGCAGGAAACCCAACCCUUCUGAAUCAGAUCUACACACCGCUCUACAUCACAGAGGGAGGGACUGCAGAGGUCAAUGAUGAACAUGAAAUCAGACAGAUUGAAACAGCAUCCAGGAAACCAGACAGACCAGAAACAACAAUCAGACAAGAAGACAUCUUUAAAGCCUCACCUGGAAGAGAUGAACCAAUCAGAACAGUGAUGACAAAGGGAGUGGCUGGCAUUGGGAAAACAGUCUUAACACAGAAGUUCACUCUGGACUGGGCUGAAGACAAAGCCAACCAGGACAUACACUUCACAUUUCCAUUCACUUUCAGAGAGCUGAAUGUGCUGAAAGAGAAAAAGUACAGCUUGGUGGAACUUGUUCAUCACUUCUUUACUGAAACCAAAGAAGCAGGAAUCUGCAGGUUUGAAGAGUUCCAGGUUGUGUUCAUCUUUGACGGUCUGGAUGAGUGUCGACUUCCUCUGGACUUCCACAACACUGAGAUCCUGACUGAUGUUACAGAAUCCACCUCAGUGGAUGUGCUGCUGACAAACCUCAUCAGGGGGAAACUACUUCCCUCUGCUCGCCUCUGGAUAACCACACGACCUGCGGCAGCCAAUCAGAUCCCUCCUGAGUGUGUCGGCAUGGUGACAGAGGUCAGAGGGUUCACUGACCCACAGAAGGAGGAGUACUUCAGGAAGAGAUUCAGAGAUGAGGAGCAGGCCAGCACCAUCAUCUCCCACAUCAAGACAUCACGAAGCCUCCACAUCAUGUGCCACAUCCCAGUCUUCUGCUGGAUCACUGCUACAGUUCUGGAGGAUGUUUUGAAAAGCAGAGAGAGAGGAGAGCUGCCCAAGACCCUGACUGAGAUGUACAUCCACUUCCUGGUGGUUCAGUCCAAACUGAAGAACAUCAAGUAUGAUGGAGGAGCUGAGACAGAUCCACACUGGAGUCCAGAGAGCAGGAAGAUGAUUGAGUCUCUGGGAAAACUGGCCUUUGAGCAGCUGCAGAAAGGCAACCUGAUCUUCUAUGAAUCAGACCUGACAGAGUGUGGCAUCGAUAUCACAGCAGCCUCAGUGUACUCAGGAGUGUUCACGCAGGUCUUUAAAGAGGAGAGAGGGCUGUACCAGGACAAGGUGUUCUGCUUUGUCCAUCUGAGUGUUCAGGAGUUUCUGGCUGCUCUUCAUGUCCAUCUGACAUUCAUCAAGUCUGGAGUCAAUCUGCUGGCAGAAGAACAAACAACAUCCUGGUUGUCUAAAGAAACUGAACAAGAAUCUGCAGAGACACGUUUCUACCAGAGAGCUGUGGACGAGGCCUUAACAAGUCCAAAUGGACACCUGGACUUGUUCCUCCGCUUCCUCCUGGGUCUUUCACUGCAGACCAAUCAGACUCUCCUACGAGGUCUGCUGACACAGACAGGAAGUAGCUCACAAACCAACCAGGAAACAGUCGAGCACAUCAAGAUAAAGAUCAGUGAGAAUGUGUCUGCAGAGAGAAGCAUCAAUCUGUUCCACUGUCUGAAUGAACUGAAUGAUCGUUCUCUAGUGGAGGAUAUCCAACAGUACCUGAGAUCAGGAAGUCUCUCCAGGAAGAAACUGUCUCCUGCUCACUGGUCAGCUCUAGGCUUCAUCUUACUGUCAUCAGAAAAAGAUCUUGAUGUGUUUGACCUGAAGAAAUACUCUGCUUCAGAGGAGGCUCUUCUGAGGCUGCUGCCAGUGGUCAAAGCUUCAAAUACAGCUCUGCUGAGUAGCUGUAACCUCUCAGAGGGAAGCUGUGCAGCUCUGUCCUCAGUUCUCAGCUCCCAGUCAUCUAGUCUGAGAGAUCUGGACCUGAGUAACAACAACCUGCAGGAUUCAGGAGUGCAGAUUCUGUCUCAUGGACUGGAGAGUCCACACUGUACACUGGAAACUCUCAGUCUGUCAGGGUGUCUGAUCAAAGAGGAAGGAUGUGCAGCUCUGUCCUCAGUUCUCAGCUCCCAGUCGUCUAGUCUGAGAGAUCUGGACCUGAGUAACAACAACCUGCAGGAUUCAGGAGUGAAGAUUAUGUCUGCUGGGCUGGAGAGUCCACACUGUACACUGGAAACUCUCAGGCUGAGUGACUGUAACCUCUCAGAGAGAAGUUGUGCAGCUCUGUCCUCAGUUGUCAGCUGCCAGUCCUCUAGUCUGAGAGAUCUGGACCUGAGUAACAACAACCUGCAGGAUUCAGGAGUGAAGCAGCUUUCUGCUGGACUGGAGAGUCCACACUGCAGACUGGAAACUCUCAGUCUUUCAGGAUGUCUGAUCACAGAGGAAGGCUGUGAUUCUCUGGCCUCAGCUCUGAGCUCCAACCCCUCCCAUCUGAGAGAGCUGGACCUGAGCUACAAUCAUCCAGGAGACUCAGGAGAGAAAAUGCUGUCUGCUGGACUGGAGGAUCCACACUGGAAACUCAAGACUCUCAGACUGAGUAGCUGUAACCUCUCAGAGAGAAGCUGUGCAGCUCUGUCCUCAGUUCUCAGCUCCCAGUCCUCUAGUCUGAGAGAUCUGGACCUGAGUAACAACAACCUGCUGGAUUCAGGAGUGAAGCAGCUGUCUUGUGGAUUGAAGAGUCCACAUUGUAGACUGGAAACACUCAGUCUGUCAGGAUGUCUGAUCACAGAGGAAGGCUGUGCUUCUCUGGCCUCAGCUCUGAGCUCCAACCCCUCCCAUCUGAGAGAGCUGGACCUGAGCUACAAUCAUCUGGGAGACUCAGGAAAGAAGCUUUUGUCUGCUGGACUAGAGGAUCCAUACUGGAGAAUGGACACUCUCAGGGUGGACCAUGGUGGAGAGCACAGGUUAAAACCUGGUGUGAAGAAGUAUUUCUGUGAACUCACACUGGACACAAACACAGUACACAGAAGACUCAAACUGUCUGACAACAACAGGAAGGUGACAUAUUUGAAGGAGGAUCAGUCAUAUCUUGAUCAUCCAGACAGAUUUGACUACUGGGCUCAGCUGCUGUGUAGUAAUGUUCUGACUGGUCGCUGUUACUGGGAGGUCCAGUUGGGAGGAAGAAUUCGUAUAUCAGUGAGUUACAGAACAAUCAGCAGGAAAGGAGACAGUGAUGACUGUUUGUUUGGAUGGAACGAUCAGUCCUGGUGUCUGAACUGCUCUGAUGAUGGUUACUCUGUCCGUCACAAUAUGAGAGAUACAUACAUCUCCUCCUCCUCCUCCUCCUCUUCCUCUUCCUCCUCCUCCUCUGUCUCUAACAGAGUAGCAGUGUAUGUGGACUGUCCUGCUGGCACUCUGUCCUUCUACAGAGUCUCCUCUGACACACUGAUCCACCUCCACACCUUCAACACCACAUUCACUGAACCUCUGUAUCCUGGGUUUACAGUCUUGUGGCCUGGUGCCUCAGUGUCUCUGUGUCCUCUGUCUGAGGGAGAGUCUCCUCCUGUGGAGACAAACAGUCACACUGCUGACUGA